GGCUGCGGGAGGCGAGCGCAGCUGGCCAGGGCGCUCUUCCCGGGACGCGGGAUGCUCCGCGCGCUACCUCGUAGGCCCUGAGGCCUCUCGCCCGCCGCCCUCCUCGCCACCACUCGCCCCGGUCCAGACCGCUGCUCCCGCCGGUCCCGAGAGGUGUUUUUGAAAAAAAAAAUUCACAAUUUGGAUGUGAGAAAGGACAUGAGGAGACCAAAGACUUGGGAUUUUGCUGAUCAGAAUGAAACAAAUGUUGAAAGACUUUUCAAAUCUAUUGUUGGUGGUGCUCUGUGACUAUGUUCUUGGAGAAGCUGAGUAUCUCUUCGUGAGAGAGCCAGGACAUGUAGCACUAAGCAACAGCACCGUGUCUGUGGAUUUCCAGUAUUUUGAUGGUGCUAACGGGACGCUGAGGAAUGUGUCUGUGCUGUUGCUGGAGGCCAACACCAAUCAGACCUUGACCACCAAAUACCUCCUGACCAACGAGUCCCAGGGGACAGUCGAGUUUGAGUGCUUCUACUUCAAGGAGGCUGGUGACUACUGGUUCACAAUGAGUCUGGAAGCCACAGACAGCAGCACUCCAGUCCCCUGGUGGGAGAAAGGUGCAUUGCUGACGGUGGAAUGGCCUGUCUUUCAUGUUGACCUGAAUAGGACAUCCGGGACAGCAGAAGGCACCUUCCAGGUGGGCCUUUUCACCAAUCAACCACUGUGUCUGUUCCCUGGGGACAAGCCCAGCGUCUUGGUGGAUGUCAUCUUCACCAAGAGUCUUCCUGAGGCACGAACAAGGCAGGGACAGCCCCUGGAAAUAAGAACCAGCAAGAAGACAGAACUCGCUCAAGGUCAGUGGGUUGAGUUUGGCUGUGCAUCUGUGGGGCCAGAAGCUUACGUCACUGUGGUGCUGAAACUGCUUGGCCGAGGCUCAGUCAUUACCUCCACAGGACCCAUUGACCUGGCCCAGAAAUUCGGAUACAAAUUGGUGAUGGUGCCAGAACUCACAUGUGAGUCGGAGGUGGAGGUGAGGGUGCUGCCACCGCCGUGCAUCUUUGUCCAAGGAGUGAUUGCCGUCUUCAAGGAGGCCCCCAGACGCGUCGGGGAGAGGACCAUUCGCCUGGCUGAGAACAGCCUGACCUUGGGACAGAGGAGAACGGUGUUCAACUGCACUUUGUUUGACAUGGGGAGGAAUAAAUACUGCUUUGACUUUGGCAUUGCAAGCAAAAGCCAGUUUUCUGCAAAGGAGCAGGAAUGCAUGCUAAUUCAGAGAAAUAUAGAAACUUGGGGACUGUGGCAGCCUUGGAGCCAGUGUAGUGCCACAUGUGGGGACGGUGUCAGAGAGCGUCGCCGUGUGUGCCUGACUUCCUUCUCCUCCAGACCUGGCUGCCCUGGAAUGUCCUCGGAGACCUCCCCAUGUUCCCUGGAGGAGUGCGCUGCUUUCCAACCAUCCAGUUCGUCUCCUCUUCAGCCUCAGGGUCCAGUGAAGUCCAACAACAUUGUGACGGUCACUGGGAUAUCCCUCUGCUUGUUCAUCAUCGUUGCCACCGUUCUCAUCACGCUGUGGAGGAAGUUCGGCCGCCCCCCGAAAUGCACCACCCCUGCCCGGCACAACUCCAUCCACUCGCCCAGCUUCCGGAAGAACUCCGACGAGGAGAACAUCUGUGAGCUGAGCGAGCAGCGGGGGAGCUUCUCGGAUGCAGGCGACGGGCCUGGGGGGAGCCCGGGGGACCCCGGCAUCCCGCUGACCUACAGGCGGAGUGUGCCGGUGACCCCCGAGGACGAGGCGUCGGGCAGUGAGAGCUUCCAGUCCAACGCCCAGAAGAUAAUCCCCCCUCUGUUUAGCUACCGCCUUGCCCAGCAGCAGUUGAAGGAGAUGAAGAAGAAAGGCCUGACCGAAACCACCAAGGUGUACCACGUGUCUCAGAGUCCCCUGACAGACACCGCCAUCGACGCUGCCACAGCCCCGCCCUUAGACCUGGAGAGCCCCGAAGAAGCUGCGGCUAACAAGUUCCGGAUCAAAUCCCCAUUUCUGGACCAGCCUGCGGUGGGCGCUGGCGAGAAGCCUCCGUCCCGGCUGGACGGCACCGUCUCCCAGGCCAGUUGUGCUGUCAGCCCCAGCCAGACCCUGAUCCGCAAGUCACAGAUGAGGCACGUGGGCAGCCGCGGGGGGCUGUCGGAGAGGAGCCACGCUAGGAGUUCCCAUUUCAGGAGGACGGCCAGUUUCCACGAAACCAAGCAGGCCCGGCCGUUCAGGGAGAGAAGCAUGUCCACCCUGACUCCUCGGCAGGCGCCGGCUUACAGUGCUGGGGCGCGGCCCUGGGACCAGGCCGAAGACAGAUGUAGGCCUCAGAGUCGAUGCGCCCUCGUGUUUCCUGAGAAAGUGGACUCUUUUCAAGGGACAGCUGGAACCAGUGGUCUAUUAAGCCCUCUCCCGAAGUCCUACACUUUGGGGCAGCCCACAAGGAAACCAGACCUGGGGGAUCGCCAGGCAGGAUUCAUGGCAGGAGGUGAGAGAACAGAGCCUCCCAGAGCUCGGAGGGGACCGUCCCCCAGUCACAGGAAUGUCUCAAGGAAGCAGCCUUCACCCACGGCCCCCAAAGAUAGCUACCAGAGGGUCAGCCCCCUGAGCCCCUCUCAAGGUAGAAAAGACAGGUGUCAGAGCUUCCCAGCCCACCCCGAGUUCGCCUUCUAUGACAAUACAUCAUUCCGCCUCACGGAGGCUGAGCAAAGGAUGCUGGAUCUUCCGGGAUAUUUUGGGUCAAACGAAGAGGAUGAAACCACAAGUACACUCAGUGUGGAGAAGCUGGUUAUCUAGACAGAGAUCAGCCUGAGCUGUCACACAACUGGGGACCUUUGCCCAGGUCAUGGUGUCAGCUGCUCACAUCGUCCUGUGGACUGUUUUGUUAAACUAUUGUACAGUGGGACAGAAGUGGGAAGUAACUCACGUGUGUACGCAUGCAUUUUAAUUCAUAAGAGAUUCUUUAUCCUGAACAUUUUCCGUUUGUUAUCCUAUUUCUAUUGGUUUAUUACUAAUAACUACGAUAAUAAAAUUGAAA